AUGAUGAAAACAGAAGUAGAACAACAACACCAACAACAAAUCAAUGAUAUAAAUAAAAGUAGUAAAGAAACUAAAGGAACGGAUGGAUGGGUUUUGGCUCAGAAAAAGGUAUUCACGAAUUGGUGCAAUAUUUAUUUAGGACUUCGAGAGUUGAGUAUUAAAGAUGUACAGUUGGAUUUAGAGGAUGGUAUAUUACUUGCCAAUCUGUUAGAGGUAUUGUCUGGCAGUAAUAGUAUUCUAAGUAAAUGUACCAAACUCAAAAACAGGUUACAUAAAGUAAACAAUAUAAAUUUUAGUCUAAAGUUUAUUGCAGAGGAGGGUAUUAAAAUGGUUGGAUGUGGUGCAGAGGACAUAGCAGACGGAAACCUUAAAUUAAUUAUGGGCUUGAUUUGGACACUCAUUAAAAGUUACCAAAUACAAUCUCUAUCUUUAAGUCUACCACAACAACAACAAAGUCCACAAAAAAUAAAUAGUUUAAAUGGUUCCAGUCAGAAUUUAAAACAAUUUGUAUCAGCAAAUGAAGUAUUACUUCAAUGGACAAGAACUCAAUUACAAGAUUAUAAUAAUAUAGUAGUUAAUGAUUUUACAAAAAGUUUUCAGAAUGGUAUUGUGUUUUGUAGUUUGAUACAUAAAUUAAUACCAGAGGCAAUCGAUAUCAAUAGUUUAAAUCCAGAUCAGGCAUUAGAGAAUCUACAGUUGGCAUUUGACACGGCAAAGCAGGCAUUGGGUAUUCCAUCUAUUCUUGAAGCAAAGGAUAUCAUCGAAGAACCAGACGAGCUCUGUAUCAUCACCUAUCUGUCUCUCUUUCCAAAGGUAUACCAAAAGUUUUUGGACCCUACCGUCGAGAACAAGCGUUUCUCUGUCUCUCUCACUCCCACCAAGAGAUUUAACAAUAGAUCUUCUCAAACAUUAAAUACAACUGAUAUUAAUAAUUCAUUUAGAGAACAACAACAACAAGAUAAUCAACAAAAACAACAACAACCAUUGGCAUUGAUUGUAGAAGAAAAACAACAACAAGAGGAACAAGAGAAGAAAAAGAAACAACAACAAGAAGAAGAAGAAGAGAAAAAGAAACAACAAGAAGAAGAGGAAAGAAAGAAAAAGGAACAACUUGAAAAACUUAAACAACAACAAGAAGAGGAAGAAGAGGAAAGAAAGAAACAACUUGAAAAACUUGAACAAGAACACUCUGACCAAUUAAAUACAUUGAAUCAAAGAAUAGAGAGCUUGGAGAAAUCAUUGGACCAAAAGGAAAAAGAAAAAGAGGCAAAGAUGACUGAACUGCAAGAUCAAAGAGAGUUUACGGCCGAGUUUUUAAAAGAGAUAUUGGAUCUCAAGAAUACACUUUCCAACGGUGUCAAUCUAGACUCUGAACAACUAUCGCAGUUUGAAGCAUCUCUCAAGGAGAAUGACAAGUUGUUGAGUGAUUUGGCGUCUGCUCAAGACAGACAACUCGUUAAGGAUGGCACUAUCAACUCGUUAAAAUCAAUCAUCGAGGAAAAGGAUAGACGUCUUCAAGAGCUUCAGACAAAGGCCGCAUCGCUUGCUAGUGCCGACGAACAAGCCCAAAUACUCCGACUGGAAUUUGAAGAGCUCAAGAGCAAGUGUCAGUGUCAGACACUCGUCAUUGUCUUGAGAGAACGUGUCCAGGAGCUAGAGAGACUGGAAAAAGAAUCAGCUGACGCCAAACAAGAGCAGGAUCAGGUGGUCGCCACUUUACGUCUGGAAAAGGAGAAUAUGAUCAACGAGCAUUCCGAGCAAGUCAACCAACUCAAACAACGACUGCAAGAAAGAAAUUCAGAGCGUGAAGAAAGCAAACAAAAAGAAUUGGAGGAAUUACAUGGCACUAUCGAUCAACUCAAGGGUACAAUUUCGGAUCUGCAACGAGAAGUGUCAUCUGAAAAGGGGAAAUGGGACACUCUCAACCAGAGUGGUAGGGAACAGAGGGAAGAGCUCGAGAAGGAAAUCGAGCAAUUAAAACAACAAACCAACAACAUGUUGGCAGACAAACAAGAGGCAUUAAAGGAAAAGGAAGGGUUAGAGACGAGACUGGCAGAAGCAUUGGCUGCACAACAAGGCAAUUGGAAAGAGAUUAUCCAGGAAAAGGAAAAGGCAAACGAGGCACUACAAGCCAAGAUAGAGUCGAUUCACCAACUAAAGACAACUGCCAUCGACCAAUUGCAAGAGGAGAGAUUAAAAUUAUUGGCAGAGGUUGAACAAGUCAAACAAUCAACCACCCAACAAUUGAAUGAUAAAUUGGGUUCGAUCGAGCAACUUUCACAAGAAAAGGGGUUGCUCUUGACCGAGCUUGAAGAGACCAAGAAAUCAUCCAAUCAACAGCUCCAAGAAAAGAUCACCUCUUUUGAACAACUUCAACAAAAGACUGAUCAAUUGGUAGAGGAAAAGAGUAAACUAAUCGUUGAAAUGGAUCAAGUUAGACAGACCUCUAGUCAAGAGUUGGUAGGCGUACAGAAUCAAUUGGAUAGUCUGAGUAAAAAAUACGACACACUCAACCAACAACAUACAUCGCUUCUCCAACAACAAUCAUCCAACACCAACGACACUAUCAGUCUCAUGUCACAACAACUCUCACAACUCACAACCCGCUACGACCAACUUGAAUCGGAAAAUGUCAAUCUUGCACAAACCAACAAAGACUUGGAAAACAAAAUAGAGCAAUCGGCACUUGGUACAGGCAGUUUACAAAAAAAAUUGGAGCACAUAUCCAAGCAAUUUGCAGGUUUGGAUGAUAGAAACCAACAUCUUGCUCGAGAAUCAGAGGACAAGACUGCACAAAUUAGAGACAUCUCGAUUGAAUUGCACAAUAUUACCAUCAAAUAUGAUACUCUUCAAAGUAAUUAUCAACGUAUGGUACAAGAUCAUUCAAUGGAAAGAGAACAAUUGAAUCUCUCUACAUCGGAUCUUGAAAACAAGUAUGGUGCAUCACUUAAAGAGAUUAAUCUUGGCAAGUCAUUGAUUGGACAAGCCGAUGAAAAGAAUGAAUCACUCUCCAACAACCUGAAACAAUUGGAGGAAAAAUACAACAAUCUCACAACUCAAUUUAAUAAUCUUCAACAAAAAUUAAAAGAUCAACAAGAUAAACAUAUUUUGGAAUUACAACAAGCUUCUAGAAAAUCAAAAGAUGACAAUUCAAAUAUAUCAACAAAAGAACAACAAGAAUUUGAGUCUCGUAUUGAUAAUUUAAACAAACAAUUAAAAGAUAGAGAAGAAACUAUAGAUAAACAACAGAAACUUUUACAUAAACAACAACAAAAUCAACAACAAAAUCAACCACCUCUUUCAACAACAAAAGAAUACGAUAUUUUAGAAAAACGUAUCAUGGAAGAGGUAGCAAAGAAUCCUCAAAGUUCACUUCAAAGAGUAUAUAGACUCGCAAAUGAAAAAUACUUUGUAAAUUCUAAAAUUGUAAAUAUUACAGUUGAUAAAUCGAAUCAAUCUUUAUUAGCAAAUUCUGAUGAUAUGGCAGUUCCAGUACCACUAAGUAAACUAUUUUUAAAGGAACCAAUGAUAAUGGUCAAUCCAAAUCAAAUAGGAACAACACCUUCAUCAUCAUUCUCUUGGAAAAUGUUAUUGUUUGGUGGAAUAUUUUUAGCAUUGUUUUAUGGAUAUGCAAGACCUAAUGCUUUGACUCGUCCAAAUUAA